CCCCGCCGCAGCGCGGGCGGUCAGUGCGCAGCCCCGGCGCCCGCCCGGAGCCCGGAGCCCGGAGCCGGAUCGCGGGCUCGGAGCGAACCCGACCCGAACGCCGCCCCCAGCCAGGCACCAUGCUGCUACUCCUGCUGGGCCUGCUGGGCCCUGCCGCUUGCUGGGCCCUGGAGCCGGCUCCGGGCUCGACGGAGCUGCGCUCUGCCUUCUCGGCGGCACGCACCACCCCCCUGGAGGGCACAUCGGAGAUGGCGGUGACCUUCGACAAGGUGUACGUGAACAUAGGCGGCGACUUCGACGCGGCCACUGGCCAGUUUCGCUGCCGCGUGCCCGGCGCCUACUUCUUCUCCUUCACGGCUGGCAAGGCCCCGCACAAGAGCCUGUCGGUGAUGCUGGUGCGCAACCGCGACGAGGUGCAGGCGCUGGCCUUCGACGAGCAGCGGCGGCCAGGAGCGCGGCGCGCCGCCAGCCAGAGCGCCAUGCUGCAGCUCGACUACGGCGACACGGUGUGGCUGCGGCUGCACGGCGCCCCGCAGUACGCUCUCGGAGCCCCCGGCGCCACCUUCAGCGGCUACCUGGUGUACGCCGACGCCGACGCCGACGCGCCUGCGCGCGGGCCGCCCGCGCCCCCCGAGCCGCGCUCUGCCUUCUCGGCGGCGCGCACGCGCAGCCUGGUGGGCUCGGACGCCGGCCCGGGGCCGCGGCACCGGCCUCUCGCCUUCGACACGGAGCUCGUCAACAUCGGCGGCGACUUCGACGCGGCGGCCGGCGUGUUCCGCUGCCGCCUGCCGGGCGCCUACUUCUUCUCCUUCACGUUGGGCAAGCUGCCGCGCAAAACGCUGUCCGUGAAGCUGAUGAAGAAUCGCGACGAGGUGCAGGCCAUGAUUUACGACGACGGCGCGUCGCGGCGCCGCGAGAUGCAGAGCCAGAGCGUGAUGCUGGCGCUGCGGCGCGGCGACGCCGUCUGGCUGCUCAGCCACGACCACGACGGCUACGGCGCCUACAGCAACCACGGCAAGUACAUCACCUUCUCCGGCUUCCUGGUGUACCCCGACCUCGCCCCCGCCGGCCCGCCGGGCCUCGGGCCGCCGCAGCUCUGAACCCCGACCAGGAGAGGAGCCCAGGGGCGGCCCGGGGCGUGUAUGCCGAGCUGGGCCGUGGCCUGAAAGCCCCGCCGGCGUGAGCAUGACGGCCCGCCCAGUGUGGCUGACUCUGCCAAUAAAGUGGGCCUGCGUCGGCGCCUGUC